CAUAACAAAACAAAUUUAUAGAUACUAUUAAAAAACCAGAGAGCACAUGAUCUGGAGCCUUACCAUAUGCAGUUCUCUAGUGGAUUCUAUACGGUGAAAUAGAUUACGAACUACGAACUAAGUGCAAACAUCCGAAGACACCGAGCGACAAAGAUCGACGAUGAUGGACGAAACCGAAGAAUUAGAACCGUUGUUUGAUUACAGCCGGGUUCAGCCUCUGAACCCCAUCGACCUCGAUGAUGAUCUUGAUGAUUACGAGGAUGUGAUUUGCGUUGAUAGUAAAAAGAGGAAGAUUUCCCAGGCUGUUGGGAAUGAGAAGACUAAUGGGAAAAGAGUAACAGUGGUGGACAUUGAGGAUGAUGAUUGGUUACCUCCUCCACCAAAGAUCGCAAGUAAUGCACAGAAGACGAUUGACGAGGAUUCAACUUUGAAAAAAUUGAGAUUAAAGAAGCAGGAACUUGCAUCGUUUGCCGAAUCAGCAAAAGAAUUGUUAAAAGAUGUCGAAGAGUCUUCAAAAUUGGAAAUUGAUAAUUCAUUGCAGUCUUCCGUGGUUGGUGUAGAUGAGAAAAGUACAGAGCAUUCUGAAAGAGCAAAGAUUGUUGUUUCCGUUCAGGACAAGGAUGGAACAAAGCAGAUUCGUAUGUUCAUGGAUGACAAGUUUGAAAGGAUUGUCAAAACAUAUGCAGAGAAAAUCAAGUGUAACCUGAAACAGAUAGUAUUGUCCUUUGAUGGUGAUAAAAUAAGUUCGUCUGAAACCCCUGCUAGCCUUGGGAUGGAAGACGAUGAUAUUAUUGAAGUUCAUGUCAAAUCAAGUUGAUCGAGGUCUUCAAUCAUGGAUUCAUGGAGCUCAAACUGACAUUUCGGGGCCACGUUUGGGAGUUACAUAUACCCUAGAAGGUUUUUUUUUUUUAGCAUCUUUAUUACAAGAAAAACAAUGCCAGUUCAUAAUGUAUUUGCAAUAGUGGGCCCAACUGUACAACACUUUUUUUUUUUUUUACAGAAUUGUCUAGUAUUGCUCUUUUUGGUGGGUGUUUCUUUGGUUUAUGGUAUAGGUUUCUGAUAAAGCGGAAACCCUCCUGUUAUUAGAUGUGCAUUGCAUUUGGGCUUUUGCAAGCAGUUUGCUUGGUUGUUCAAAUAGAUGUAUGUCAAGAGGAAGCUCAAUUUUGAUUCGGACAUUCUAACUAUAAUCAUUUAUAAGGAAGACAAUUCUUUUAGUUAGACA